AUGGCAAGCGCCGCAGUCGCAACUCAACCAUCACAACAACAUCUAGGGGCUGGUCCAACCUCUCGUACGUCGUCGCCUAUGGACAAUAAGAAGGUCUCGAUCAAUCAACAAGAGACAUCAUCACCAUUGCAAUCCAAGUCGUCGCUGCCAGAAGCGCAACCUACGUCGCUGGCCGAAGACACAAAGCCUGUCACCCAAGUCACGGAACCUCUUGCGCCCCCGCCGCGGCCUGCGCCCGCCAACCCAGCCGAGACACCAGACUACUUCUCGGCGGUGCAUAACAACGCAAGUGGAAUCGGUCAAGAAUUCAAUCCCUUUGAACAAUCCUUUGGCGCCCCAUCAACAGAGACGCCAGGUAAAACCCUCCUACCCCCCGUCGCCGCCCUCACCUCUCCUGCUAUCCCGGGUACCAGCUCAACAGGAGGGUACAACUGGCAAAGCUCACUGCGAUCCGGGCCAUUAAGCCCUGCCAUGUUGGCUGGUCCACAACAAGGCGACUACUUCGACAGCAUCGGCCGUGGCUUCCCUACUCCCAACGAGUCAUCGCUCCGCACUGGACUGACGCCGGGCGGCGGCGGGUCUAUGUUUCCGGCGCCUAGUCCAACAUCUCAAGCCCUCUUCAAUUCAUUACAAAGUGGCGGCGCCACUCCUGGGACAUUGGAUUUCCACCGCACUGCCAUGACUGCAGCUGCGCGAAACAAGAAUAACCAAUUCGCCAACACGUCCAAUCCGCCAGAGCCUCUGCCGCAACCCACCAGUAUGGAUGCCCAGCACGAUGCCACCGACGCAGCCAAUGGCCUCUUCAUGUUAGCCAAGGGAGGUCAAUCGAACAACCAAUUUGCAGUGCCCAACCCGGCUCCAACCCAGCUGGCCGCGCACAACGGCCAAGACCCGAAACGAAACAGCCGGGCCUCUGUGUCUGGCCCUGAUGUUGACAGCCCUGAGAGUCACGAGGAAACGAAAACCCCUGCUCGCGGGCGUGGCAAGAAGAAUCCCAAAUCAGAACCCACCAACAACCGAAGGAAGUCAGAAGCCCCCACGAAAGGAAGCAACAAGCGAUCAAAGGGCAACUCUGGUGCUGCUAACGUCGACCCGGCUCUUGAUCCCCACGAAGAAGACGAUGACAGCGAGGACGAUCAGGAUCACGAAAAUGGUAACAACAGCAGCAGUAGCAGUAAUGCCCACAACAACGUUGGCAGCAACGGUAAGAAGAUGACCGAUGAAGAGAAACGACGGAAUUUCCUGGAGCGCAAUCGUGUGGCUGCUUUGAAGUGCCGACAGAGAAAGAAGCAAUGGCUGGCUAACCUCCAAGCCAAAGUGGAAAUGUACUCUGCCGAAAAUGACAGCCUCAACACUCAGGUUGCUCAACUGCACGAGGAGAUUCGUACCCUGCGUACCCUCCUUAUGGGUCAUAAAGAUUGCCCUGUCGGCCACGCUCAAGGCAUCGGACAAUUCUUGAACGGCAUGCAAGACCCGACUGCCUUCGCCAAUCAGCACGUCAAUCCUUAUGGUAUGGCCAUGCCAAAUCCUGCACCUAUGCAGCCUGGCAUGCAGAGAACAUGA